AUGAUGUACAGACACAUCAUAAUAUUACAACUCGUUGCGUUUGUGUCAACGCAGACGAUAAUCAAAGCUGCCGAUAUAACUCGAGCAAUCCAUGAUAUUUUUGGUACGCCAUGCAAAACGACUGAUGAUAUGAUGGGCGUCUGUGUGACGUACUACCAGUGCAGCAAGAAUGGUACAGUUGUCACUGAUGGCACUGACAUUAUAGACAUACGAGUCAAGGAUGGACCGUGUCCGUCUUACUUGGAUGUUUGUUGUCUUUUGGAUGAUGUCAGCGCUUCAAACAAUCCUAAUGAAGCAGAGCCAAAACACAAAGACUGUGGGUGGCGCAACCCGCAAGGCGUCGGAUUUCAAACUAUCGGAGAUAACAACCACGAAGCCAAAUUCGGGGAAUUCCCGUGGAUGGUCGCUGUUAUCAAACUAGAACCAGUGAACCAGGACAACCCAAGCGCUUACGUUAACCUGUACCUGGGCGGGGGUUCCCUCAUCAACCCGAGCGCGGUGCUGACGGCGGCGCACACCGCGCGGGGGCGGCCGCUGCUGGCGCGCGCCGGCGAGUGGGACACGCAGACCGAAAAGGAGGUGUAUCCAUAUCAAGAUAGGAAUGUGAAGGAAGUUGUUGUCCAUAAGGACUUUAAUGGAGGGAACCUCUUCUAUGACAUUGCGUUGCUGUUCCUUGAAAGUCCAAUGACUUUGGCGCCCAACGUGGGGGUGGUGUGUCUGCCGCCCCAGGGACUGAGAGCGAAGGCCGGCUCGAAAUGCUUCGCCUCGGGAUGGGGGAAGGAUAAGUUCGGGAAAGAGGGGAAUUAUCAAAAUAUUAUGAAAAAGGUGGAAUUACCAGUAGUAGACAGGAAAGUAUGUCAGAACAAUCUGCGUAAAACCCGCCUCGGUAGCAACUUCCUGCUGCACACGUCUUUCAUGUGCGCGGGCGGCGAGCCCGGCGUCGAUACCUGCGAAGGGGACGGCGGUUCUCCCCUCGUAUGUCCUAUAGAGUUCGAAACAGAGCGUUACAUGCAAAGCGGUAUAGUGUCGUGGGGCAUCGGCUGCGGACAGGACGGCGCGCCCGGCGUGUACGUGGACGUGGCGAACCUGCGUGGGUGGAUCGACAACGAGAUCAUCCGGAGGGGGCUUAGCACCACAGAUUAUACUUUUAAA